AUGAUAGAAGGACCUCCGGAGAGCAUUUUACAACAAACGAUCGACAGCAUCGAAAUCGACCCGGAGCUACUCACUUUAGAAAGAAUAGAUGAUACUAUCAGACUAAUCAAGAACGCUCGCGAUGAAAAGAUAGACCAGCUAGAAAAGAGCAAAAAGGGACUUGAAGUCACGAUUAACCAACUCAAUAACGAGAUCAGUCUUUUGAACAAAAUCAGCGACUACAACUACGAGGUUAUCCGAAACAUAACUGAGAUAGCCGGAUACAGCAAUACCCAAAUCAACAGAGACGAAAACAUAUUCAAGGUGCUAAAUAAGAAAUCCGUCGAGUUAGACAACUAUAAAGUGGUAAUUGCUAAGAAUCUCAAUGACUUGGAAAGUUCCAUCAACUUUCUCAGAUUGAACAAGACAAAUUUGCAGAAAAAUGUUGAUGAACUCAAAACUAAAAUCAACAAUCUUUUUAAUAAUCCAUUUGACGACAGCGAAGCCAAUGACGACGAUCUCGUCAACCAAGAUGCUAACAUCUUGAAGAUCAACCUCUACCGUAACUUGGGAGUGAAUAUCGAUAAUUUUGACGACGAAAAUGGUGAGAAUGACACUGUUACUACCAAUGACCAUAUACUCAUCCAUAAUAAGGACUCUAACGUGUCAUCAGUGUUUAAAGUAGAACCCAAGUAUAGCGACUACUUUAUCUCCAAUUAUCUCUGGGAUCGGUUGUAG